GAUUUGGUACCAUUCGUCGAGUGAAGUUGGUGAUCACUGCACCAGAAGGGAAAUGUGUGCAAUAGCAAUUUUUGGAUUGAAAGAUUUUACCUGAAGCCAUGUUGGAUACUGUAUAAUGCUUAUAAACGUCAUUAUUAAAGAUUUCAUUUUGAGAUUGUAUUUGAUAGCUCAAGUGUGGUGGCUCAGUUCAAAUUAUAUGAAAAUUCUUACGAUGAAUGUUGUUGCAUGUACUAUACGAGGAUACAGAAGUUCAAAGGUCAAUGGAUUUUGACGUCUAGGAAUAUCGGGAUAAUACCCUUUCUAAAAUUAACAAAAGAGAACCUCGAAACAGGUUGACAGUGAUUCUUGUCUUUGUCACAACACUCAUUGAAAUGAUUUUAUUUUUAUCUGUAAAAAGUACAGCAUAAACAUAAUACUUGAUGAGUAAUUACUGACUGUAGCGCAAAUGUGACAUCAUUUUAAUGCUUGAGAAAUUCUACCAUGUCAUAAAAUCAUUUGGAGAUAUUAAGUAUAUCUGCAGGUACACUAGGUGUUAUAGGCAUAAUGAACCCAAACUUAAAUUGGAAUGGGUUGUCGAAGCCAUUUGACUACAUGUUUAAAAUUAUCCUUGUUGGUGACAGUUUUAUUGGAAAAUCGUGCAUAGUUGCGAAAUUUAUUAGUGAAGAUAGUAACGUAUGCGAUUCUCGUGUUCCUACUGUUGGUAUAGAUUUCAAAAUCAAAACAGUGGAACUGAAUGGAAAGAAAAUAAAACUACAAAUAUGGGAUACUGCAGGCCAGGAGCGAUUCCACACAAUUACAACUUCCUACUACAGAGGUGCAAUGGGGAUCAUGCUGGUUUAUGACAUCACACAAGAGAAGACAUUCGAUAACAUUGCCAAGUGGCUAAGGAACAUUCAGGAACAUGCAAAUGAAGACGUUGAAAAGAUGUUGCUUGGAAACAAAUGUGAUAUGGAUGACAAACGAAUGGUGAGCAAGGAGAGGGGUGAAUCGAUUGCACGGGAAAAUGGCAUUAAGUUCAUGGAAACAAGUGCAAAGACAAACAUCAAUGUAGAGACUGCUUUCAUGACAUUGGCAGAAGACAUUCUCAAAAAGUAUCCAGUGUCCAAUAACACCCAGGCAUCAACCUAUGUUGACCCCGCCCAAGACAGGAAUAAAGAAAAGAGUAAAUGUUGUUAAUAUGUUCUCCUUCAUCUUCCCUACGUGAUUGAACAUCAGUGAAGCAUCAUCAUUUCUCAGCCUGCGUUGACAUCAACUUCAAUCAAGCACUAUGCUUUUGACAAAGUUGAUUGAUGAAUGCGUUCUCUAACACCGGGGCACCUAUGGACCUGCCUUAGCCAAUAAGAAAACACCUAUUGUAAAUAUAAACAAACCUGUAGUAUCAGCCAAUCAGAAAACACCAUAUGUACAGAUGGAUCAUUUACAAAACACCUCUCAGAACAGACAAACCUGCAUUAUCAGGUACUUUAUAAAAAUAUUUGCAGAUAAACCUCUACUUUCAGCCAAUCAGAAAAUAUCUCUAUUUACAGACUAAAACAUGCAAUAUCAGUCAAUUAUAAACACUUAUAUGUACAGAUGGACCUGCAGUGUCUACCACUUAGAAACACGCGUUUGUACAGACGGACUUGCCGUAUCAGCCAAUUAUAUUUAUAGAUAGAUCUUUAUUAUCAGCCAAGACGAGUUGGUGAUACUGCUUUAAAGGAAAUCGCAAAAUUUUUUUUUAUCGGCCCAUUGUCUCUAGCAAGGAGACUAAAUUUUUUAUGUACUUGGUGACUUAUUGUUACAGGUACAUUCAUCUAUUAUUACAUGGUGGUAAUGACAUGGCACCAUCAAAAAUGCAUGUUGAAAUGGCAUCAUGAAAACACAAAAUGGGAUGGAAUUAAAGUUGGCUGGUGCUAUGAACAAUAGUGAGUUUUAGUUCCGAGAUGAGUAAUACGGGAUGUAUUGAAUUCGUGAGGCGUGCGUGCAUGUGUAAUUAAAUUUAUAAUGUUGAGUUCAUUCAGCUUGGAAUCCAUUGUUGCAGACUGUGCUUUUCUGACCACUAAAAAAACAAGCUCGCACGUCAUCUCAUUUGAUUUAGCUAUCGGGCUUGGGUUGUGUUAUUGUAGUGUUGCAAAUCUAAACAGAACAUUAUCCAUAUUUUUUUGCCUAUUGUUUUGUAAGUUAUGGUUCAUAAAUUUAUAUUCACAAAGAAAGAAAUCUUGAAUUUGAUUUUUGAUUUUAUAAAUAAUGGACCUUUCGAGCGUGGCAAACUUACCUAUUUGAACAGGGCCAGGAAAUACGCACAUGUUUCACAAACAGACAUGUUGUCCCACAAAUUCACAUUUGUCAUUUUGUGGGACCUUAGCAACAGUAUCCAAGGGGCGGGGCUUAGCGGAAAGGUCCAUUACCAUACGUUGCUAGGAUGCGUUUCGUCCCAGAACUAAAACUCGCUAUCGACUGUUGACAUGUCCUCAUGAGCAAUCACUGGUAGGAAGACACCAUGAGCAACAAAGGUUGAAAUUGCACCAUGAGCAGUUAAUGGUGAUAUGACCUUUGACAUGGCACCAUCAGCAGUGAAUAUUUGACUGUUUGCAUGGUCACUUAAGUAGCAUAUGUUGAUGUAGUGCCUUGAUAAAUUAUUGUCAACAUGGCCCCAUUUGCAACACAUUUUGGAGUGACACCAAUUCAAAUUAAUUGGAAAUUUUAAAAAACGGCAACAAUGCACAACAAAUUUAGCUCCAAACUGUCUAUGAAUUCUGACAAAGGCAACAUUUUAUAUAUAUAUAUAUAUAUAUACUUAACACUAUAAAUUUUCUGACCAUUUUGAUUCUUGGGUAGCGUUUAUUUAACCUGUGUGGGUUCAUCUCAUUUGAAUUGCCGGUGUCCAUGAUGUGUUGAAGUUACACAGAGAUAACAGCAUGUCGGAGGUGCCUUUUGUUAUUUGUAUAUUUGUAUGCCUAGUUAGGAUUAGAGCAAGUAACAAUGAUUAUAUUAUCCAAAUAAUUUACAGUUUCCUACAUGUAACUAAAACAUAAUAUUCACUUGUAAACUAUAAAUGUUAUUUUUUAAUUGAUGUUUGCUAUUUUUUUGUUUAUUAUUUUGUUUCACAAUUAGAUAUAAUAUUUAGGGGUUUUUUUUAAUGAAUGGUGUGUAUGAGACCUGUAAUUUAAGAGUAUGUAAUUUGUCCACAGUCAACAGGAUAUUAUGCCAUUAUAAAGGUCACAUAUAUUUAACUCUGUUAAUAAUCAUGUUCUUAUUUAUAAGGGAAUUCCUUAAAUAUCGAAACCAACCAAAGGGAAAAUAUUGAGCACACUGUAAAAAUUGGGGGGUCCAGUACAGUGGGCCUGAUAUUGCUAUAUCUGAAAGCAUGUUUGGUUCCAGCACACUGUAUGCCAAAGGGCAAGUGCUCAACUUGUGACAGUAAUUUACCUUUUGGGCCAGCUACAGUGGGCCAAAAGACAAGUGCUACACUAAAGGGCAAGCACUUUCUGUUAAUUGGCAAGUGCUCAACUUGUGGCAGUAAUUUACCUUUUGGGCCAGCUACAGUGGGCCAAAAGACAAGUGCUACACUAAAGGGCAAGCACUUUCUGUUAAUUCGUCAGUAAAAACAUGUUUGUGGAACAAGCAGUUUUUCUUAAUAUUAACAUAGACAGUAGUUCGCUACACUGAUUGGAAAUCACUUUCCUAUUGUGCCAGUACAGUGUGCCAAAUGACCAUUACUUUCCUUUGAUACGUAAAGAGGCCCUGGAUAUUAACAUUAACACAGUUGGAAAUGAAAAUAGAUUUAACACUAUGGAUAUUCUUCCAACAUGCCAUAGUGCAUUGAGACUGCAGUUUAAGGUUAGGGUCAAGCCAGCUCCACCAAUCUACACCUUAAAAUUACAUAAUGUUGUCGAAACAAUAUCCACGGCCUAGAUUUAAUUGCUGCAUAUAGCGGGGUAAGCACUUUCCCCUGAUAUUAACAUAACUGAUAAAAUUGUAUUUGCUCAUGUGAUUGGCAUUAUGGCAUGCAUGUAUCCUCCUGUUUAUGUCAAAAUGUUACCACAAUAAAUGUUGAAAUAUAUG